AGCUCAGGACUGAAGAGCAAGUAAUAAAGUCACCAUGAUUCUCCAGAGGCUCUUCAGAUUUUCCUCUCUCAUUCAGUCAGCGGUCUCAGUCCAUUUCAAGAGGAACAUUGGUGUUACAGCAGUGGCAUUUAAUAAAGAACUUGAUCCUAUACAGAAACUUUUUGUGGACAAGAUUAGAGAAUACAAAUCUAAACGACAGGCAUCUGGAGGACCUGUUGAUGUUGGCCCAGAAUAUCAACAAGAUUUGGAGAAGGAGCUUUUUAAGCUUAAGCAAAUGUAUGGUAAAGCAGACAUGAAUACCUUCCCUACCUUCAAAUUUGAAGAUCCUAUAUUUGAACCGGCUGAAAAACCCCAGUCCUAAAGCAUUAUGUAAAAUUAGUUUGGUAAUUUGUUAUGGAUUGAUUGUACAAUUAAAAGUAGUAUCAAAAUAAACAUAUUAUUUCACAGUUGUCAAAA